AGAUGCAUGUCUGUGUUCUGCUGCUGAAUGGGAUGGCCUUCUAGGGUUUAAAAUUUUGGGAUUGGCUUGCUUAUGCUUUUGGAUCUGUCUGGGGAGUUUUGUUCUCUUACUUUAGCUUGUUUGAUCUCAGAUUUACGGGACACAGGCCGACCGCUACCGAAAUUUGGUGAAUGGGAUGUCAAUGAUCCUUCCUCUGCCGACAGCUUUACUGUAAUAUUCAAUAAAGCUAGGGAUGAGCGAAAGACCAGCAGCAAUAACCAAGGAUCCAACCCUCCAGCAAAUGAACUGUCUGACCAACAGAAAACCACCCAUGCAACCUCCAAGUCGCCUAGUAGCUCAAGAAAAUGGUUCUGCUGCCUAAAAUCUUCACCCGCAGAGUCUUGAUAAUUGAAAGUAUCAUGGUGUUGUUAGUGCAGCUUUCAAAUCCAAAAAUUGUCGGUUUCUGUUCUACCAAUUGAUCAGGCACUUUAGAGAGCUGGGAAAGGAGAUUUUUCAUUAGCUUUCUGAUGGGGGGUUGAACAAAGGUGAGUUGCUAAGGAUUCGGCAACUAUUUUUAGCCUUUAUUUAUUCAUAUUAGAUUGUUUUGUUUACCUUGCUCAAGUUAUAUUGGAGUACUGUAUUUUUCUUGUUCUGUUAGAAGACAUGGUUCUAUUUGGGCCAUUAGCGCUUGAUAAUUGGCCACAAUUGUUUUGCUGGGUGAGUUAAGACUUUGUUCUGUGGUGCUGGUUUCCAUGGUGUGGAGCCUUUCGAUUAGAAGAUGAUGAGUGAUUAUUUUUGUUUAUGGUAAAUUGUUUUCUGUACUCUGAACAUCAGAGCAUUUCAUUUCAGUCUAAGGUUACCAGAUUUGGUUUA